UCUGCACUUCUCUUCUCCCCCGUAGGCCUACCCUACCUAUUCUUGUCCUCCUGUCCCCUCCCUUCCACUGCUCUCCAGUUUCAUCUCAAAUCCCAUUUGCCAUUGUAGCCUACAUGCCCAAUCGCCCAGGACUGCUUGCAUUUAACAGUUUUAUGUAAUCGUUAGUAGAAUGCCGUGCAAGUCUGACGCAUUGAUCAUUGUGCCAUUUAUCAUUGCUGCGAUCAUUCCAGGACAGACCUGCGUCAAGAUUUAUGCUACAUUUUACAUGUACAUGUUGGUCAUUUAGCAGAUGCUCUUAUCCAGAGUGAUAUACAGUAGUGAGUGCAUACAUAUUUUCGCACUUUAAUUUUUUUUUUCUCUCUAUUCUCAAAGCAUUCAAAAAAAUAGGCUUAUGUUUUACUGAAACGCCACGUUUGGGUAACCGGAAUAAAGCAACAAUAUUUUCAACUAUUUCUCUUGACGUUUGUUUACUGUGAGCCAUUCAAAUGGACAAUAAACAUUCACAAGCGAAGGCAGAGACGGCACAGGAGACCCGUCCGCCCGCUAAAGACUCACCUUUCUCUAUCAAGAACCUGCUCAACUUCGACAGUAAACCUUCCAAACCGAAGACGCUGCUUGCCGCCACCAAGGGACUAUUGGAAGGAGGUUUCUCUCUCUCCCGGAUCGGUGAUUUAACUUUUCCUAGUUUUGACAUCCCAGCCCAGAGAUUUGGAUUAUCGGCGCACUAUUUGGAACGACCGUCGGCGUGGUGGUAUCCCUACGCGCUUGGCACAUCGGGACACCAUCUAUACAGGACCGGAGGGUUUGAGAAGGCCAUCGUGCGAGACACACCAUCAACAGGCGGGGACCGAGACACACCGGAGCUGCUGCGAAAAUCACCCGACCCAGACGACCAAGAGGACGACAAAAACAAAAGUACUGAUGAUAUCGUUCUGGAGGAGAGUGAUGGGGAUGAACCAAAGAAGGAAGUAGAGUUGGUGAAUGACUGGAGGAAAAUGAAAGACGAGAACUCGGAUAAAAAAACGUGUAGGAAAAAGAAAACGCGGACAGUCUUCUCAAGGAGUCAGGUAUUUCGGUUGGAGUCGACGUUUGAUAUGAAACGGUACCUCAGUAGCUCGGAACGGGCAGGCCUGGCGGCAUCUCUACACCUCACAGAGACCCAGGUGAAAAUCUGGUUCCAGAACAGAAGGAACAAGUGGAAACGACAGUUGGCCGCGGAACUCGAAGCGGCCAAUCUGAGCCACGCCGCGGCCCAGAGGAUAGUUCGCGUUCCCAUAUUGUACCACGACAACACCCGCUCAGAAACGGGCAGCGCUGGGAACGUGUCAGUCAGUCAGUCUCUACUAACAUUCCCUCAUCAAAUGUACUAUUCACAUCCACUAGUCACAUCCGUGCCGCUGCUGAGACCAGUUUGAGAGACUCAUUUAUUGUGUUGAUAUUUCUGUAUUUGAAUUUAUGUAUUACAAACAUUAUUAGGCCUAUUUUUAUUUAUUUUUAAUCUAUGAUAAUAGUUGGUGUUGGUUAAAAGGCUUUGU